AAAACACUCCGGGUUUUUGAUUCAUUAGGUCACGGCAGGAAGCUCUCUGGCGUUCAGCCAUUUGUGGAUCACAAUCUUUGCCUGGUAACUUACAGUAACAGAGAAAAUAACGUGUUUGGCAGCCAUCCCUGACAUUUUGGGAAAUCCUACUGUCUAUAUAUGGACAUCCUUUUUACCCUCCUUCUCAGCAUCCCAGGAUCAUACACCCAUUUCCCGAGAAAAGAAAGUGUUCGGUGUCACGGCUAACCAAUAAGAACGCCUCUGCUCGAGUUUCCAGCCAAUCACAGCGCAAGCAGACAUAGUGAAAGCAAGCAGAGGAUAAAAGGGAUGGCUGCCGGUUUAGUGAAACAGACAUGUGGUGUACCAGAGCACAGAGUCUGACAGAGAAAUCAAGAGCUAUGAAGCAGCUACCAGGAAAUAUUAAGGUGUUAUAUUUUGCCAGUGAAUGUCUGGAGCCGUAUGUUGAGAUUAUCACAGUAAAGGACCCCAAGCAUCGCCUGAGUCUGUGCAGCUCAUUGGACUCUGAGGCAGAAGAACCAGAGUACCUGGGGGAAACUGACAGUGUUCUGCCUGUUCUGAGCGACCACAGCCUGCUGCUAGAUGACCACCACCUAGAGAGACUUGCUGCUCACAUGCCAGCAAGGACCCAGGGUUACCCAUGGCAACUGGUCUACAGCACAGCAGUCCAUGGGAGCAGUCUGAAGACACUGUACAGGAACAUGGCAGGUCUGGACAGUCCUGUGCUGCUGGUCAUCAAAGACAUGGACAAAAAGGUGUUUGGGGCUUUUUCUUCUGAUCCGUUCAGAGUCAGUAAAUAUUGCUACGGCACCGGAGAAACCUUCCUGUUCAGCUUCAACCCAGACUUCCAGGCAUACAGGUGGAGUGGAGACAACUCCUACUUUGUGAACGGCAACUGGCAAUCUCUGCAGAUUGGUGGAGGCGGGGGCCGUUUUGCCUUGUGGCUGGAUGCUGAUCUGUACCAUGGUGCAAGCUUCUCCUGUCCCACCUUUCACAAUGCGCCUCUUUCCACACAAGAAGACUUUAUUGUUCAGGACCUCGAGGUCUGGACUGUACAUGGCUGAAUGGGAAUGUCUGAAAAGAUGAGAUGAAAACUAAACAGAACCUGUUGUCCUGUCUGGAGAUACAAAACUUCAAGACUUGAAGGAACAUGUGUGGUGGAGCUACUACUGUACGGACCCUGCGGAGCAGAUGUAACUAUGUGUGAACCUGAGUCAGACUCUUGUGGUGGUUCUCUCAUUUGGUUGGUCUGUACCUGCUAAAGACAAGCAACCAGAUGAACUCCUGUGAUUGAGGGUCCUGCUGCUUUAAACCACCAGUCAUUUAUUAGCAGCUCUGUGCUAAGCCCAGAAAGUAACUGGCAUUCAAAGCCCUCCAUGCCCUCCUUUUAUUAUGGAGCGCAUUAUGAUCCAAAGUUCACAGAAUUACAGUUGGAUGAAAAUCUUUUAGCCACUGUAACCACAUUCAGGAUUUUAGAAAUCACCUUUUUAUUUCAUUUUAAAUUGUCAGGCAUAUUUGUAAAAAGAAAUGAAUGAUUAUGUUUUUACAAUAUGUGUCAAUGUGUUAAAUGUGCAUGUGUUCUUGAGUUAUAUUAAUUAUUUAAUGUUAAAACACUGUAACAUGAUAGGACCUAAGACAUCCUAUCUGAGCUCUUACAUGAGGUUUGGUUUUGAUGCUCUUCAUUUGAAAAAAUACAACAGACCAAACCACUGAGGCUUGGAAAAAAAAGAACAGAGUUGCACUAUAAACAAUUUAUUAUUUAAGAAAGUGUGCUGUUUGUGGUGGAAGGGACUUCAGCUGUGUUGAAGUAUAUUUAACUGUCACUUCUGCUUUUUGUGGGGAGGGUUUUGUGAGACACCUGUGUGCCUAAUUAGAAUAGACAACAUUUUGUGGACACAUUCCAUUUUUUUUUUUUGCAUUUUUAAAAAAAAACAUAUAUUUAAAUAUAUUUUUUUUAAAAAAAGGUCAAACAGGAAAGCAAAGUACAAAAACCAUUUGUUUUUCUUAUGCGUAUAUUUGUAUGUAUGAUCUUGGCAGGCGGUGCUGGCACUGCCACUGGUUUUCUGUGGAACAACAUUAAAACCGUAUUUCCUGUUAAAA